UGAUUCAUUAUGCAUUGGUAUUUUACCAAACAAUCGAUCUUUAUGUAUUUGCCCUUUUAAUAAAUGGGGUUCUCAAUGUUUAUUUCAAAGUCGAAUAUGUAAUUCAAAUCAAAAUCUAACAUGUCUAAAUGGUGGUGAAUGUAUACCAAUCGAUGAACAUGUUGUAUCUAAUAAAAAAUUCAAAUGUAUCUGUCAAAAAGGUUUUAGUGGAUUAAGAUGUGAAAUAAUUGAUAAUGAAAUUAAUCUAUCAUUUCAUGAAGAUAUUAAUUUAUCUCAAUCAAUACUUGUUCAUUUUAUUGAAGUAUUUGAUGAUGCUGCACCGAUCAAUGGUAGUACAUUUCAACUGAUCCCUGUUAAUAAAAGAACAGUGACACUUUAUUGGCCAUAUCCAUUUCAUAUUGCGUUUGCUGAACUCGAUAAUAAAAAUUAUUAUUUAAUCCUGGUUCAAAAUAUGUAUCAUCGAUCAAGAAAAAUUGAUCAAGAAAUUCAAUCACAAGAUCGUUGUCGACAUAUAAAUGAAAUAUUUAAUCAAACUCUGAUUCAAUAUCAUCCUCUUCGUCGUAUUAAACAUUAUCAUAAACCAUGUAACAUGUCUUCAUUAAAUCUUUCUUGUUUUUAUGAUGAUAAUCUUUUCUGUUUAUGUAAUUAUUUUGGACAACAACGUAUAGCCAAUUGUUUUGAAUUUGAUUCGAAGAAAAAGUUCGAUUGUUUUGGUCAAAGUAAUUGUCAGAAUGAAGCAAAAUGUUUACAGGAUAGAUCUCAAUGUCCACAAACAUCAAUAUGUGUUUGCCGUCCAUGUUUUUAUGGAACAUUAUGCCAAUUUAGUGCACAUGGAUUUGGUCUUUCUCUUGAUGAUAUUUUAGGUUAUCAAAUUCAACCACAUAUCACAAUUAAACAUCAACCAUUUGUUAUACAAUUAAGUAUAAUAUUAACAAUGAUUAUAACAAUUAUUGGAUUAAUUAAUAGUAUUCUAUCAUUUAUAACAUUUAAUAAUAAUGAAAUAUGUCAAACUGGUUGUGGAAUUUACUUACUAAAUAUAUCAAUUAUUACUUUAUUUACAAUGAUAUUAUUUGCAUUAAAAUUUUGGAUACUUCUUAUUGCACAAAUGACAUAUAUUACAAAUGAUUUAUUUUUAAAAAUACAAUGUAUUUCAAUAGAUUUUGUAUUACAAAUUGGUAUUAAUAUGAAUCGAUGGUUAUCAACAUGUGUAGCUAUUGAACGAGUAAUUUGUGUAAUUAAAGGAACUAAUUUUGAUAAGAAUAAAAGUAAAAAAUUGGCUAAAUUUAUUAUUAUUCUUCUUUUUAUUUUUAAUAUUUCGACAAAUAUUCAUGAUCCGAUUCAUCGACAUUUAAUAGAAGAUAAUGAUAAUGAAAAAAGAAUUUGGUGUAUUAUUACUUAUUCAUCAACAUUAAGAACAUAUAAUACAAUUAUGAAUUUAUGUCAUUUUUUCAUUCCAUUUAUUAUUAAUUUAAUUUCUGGUCCAUUUAUUAUUGUAGUAACAGCUCGACAACGAAAAAUUAUUCGAAUUCAAGAAAGUUAUCGAAAUAUUUUAAAUAAACAGAUUCAAGAACAUAAACAUCUAUUGAUAUCUUCAAUUAGUUUAAUUCUAUUGGCUAUACCACAUUUAAUCAUUUCUUUUGUAUCAGGUUGUAUGAAUUCAAUUAGCGAACCUUUGCUAUUUUUAAUUGGAUAUUUUAUUUCAUUUAUCCCAUCGAUAUUAACUUUUCUUGUCUUUGUUACUCCAUCAACAUCAUAUAAACAACAAUUUUUAAAGACAUAUGAACGAUAUAAACGAACGAUACAAAGACGAUUACAUCUUGUUUUAUAA